GUUCGCUGCUCCGUGACCAGAUUGACAGCGAAAAGCAAAAGGUUGUGCAGUUUUCAGUUGGAAAAGUUUUUAUUGCCGUUCCGUGGGCAGAGCAGCAAGAUUCACCACCUAAAUCGAACGGAAUCGCGGUCAUACAGUGGAGCGAGAAAUCGCGAACAGAAAUGAGUUCCACAACGACACCAAUGAUUUGCAAAGAUCUGGACGGCGAUGACCGGUGGCUCAGCAUACACAAACGCUUCGUGCAGGAAUGCAAGGAAAAGGAUCCGGAUGUCAUGUUCAUUGGGGACUGCAUUCUUGAAUCGCUGCAGUUUACCGACUUUUGGAAUAGCCACUUUGUGCCGAUGCACUGUUUGAAUUUUAGCAUACGAAACGAUCGCAUCCAAAAUGUCCUUUGGAGGUUGCAGAACGGGGAGCUGGAGAACGUACGGCCGAAGGCGGUCGUGCUGCACGUUGGGACGAACAAUAUUUGCGACAGUGCGGAGGAGGUGGCCGAUGGACUGCUAGAGCUGGUGGCGACGAUUAGGAGCAAAUUGCCAGAGGUUUAUAUCAUUAUUCCGACACUUCUUCCCCGCGGCAAUCAACCGAACGCACUCCGCGACAAAAACGCCGCCGUCAACCGCCUGCUGAAGGAGCGCUGCAUUGGCAAGGACAAGGUACAGACCGUAUGCGUGGACGGCGGGUUGAUCCAGAGCGACGGAAGCAUCAGCCAUCACGAUAUGUUCGACUAUCUGAAUCUAACAAACGUGGGCUGCAAAAAGGUCUUCGAACCGGUCUGGGAUCUGCUGCAUCAGAUUCUGACCGAAAACGAGAAAGAGCGUGACCUCACGCCCUCGGAGUGAGCGGCGCUCCGCAAACAAACACUCAUUUCCAACCAUUGGGGAAGUUUUGUUUGGAGUCACUCAUAUUUACUUACGUACAUAUACACAUACACAUUCGUCAUGAUAGUAGUUUUUGAUAUUGGAUUAAUCUUGUUUGUUUUGUUUGCUAUCUAGCUGUAAGUAAAAAAUACAACAUUCCAUUUUUUUUUUGCAAGUGAAACGAACAAAUUUUAUAAAGUUCUGAUUGUGGUUUGAUUAAUACUAUUUAUGUUAAUUAUGAUUCGUAUUGAUAUUAUUUAUUACUUGAAGUAUGUAUUAUUUAUUAAGUAUAAACAUAGCUUACGCCUGGUAUAUUUGAUAAUUAUGAACGUGAGAUUGACUCUAUUUUUGCCACCCAGGAUGCCUUUUCGAUAUUUUUGGCAGUGUGUCAAUUGGAAAGUCCCUUGAAAUGGUUCUAAAAAACGCUGUGCCUCCUUUCUUCCAACGCUUUGCAUUACCAAAUAUUAUUUCCAGCGUUACUUCACUCGUAGUUUCCUGUGAAAUAUCGUACUAGACUAGAACUUAGAGUGAGUUAUUCUGUAGUAAUGUUUCUGAAGUAGUGAUCUAUAAACUAUUUCACCUUUUACCUCACGUAUAUUACAAAUAUACUAAAUAUACUGUCUUCUAAAAAGACUAGACUUAAUAUGAUCUCAAAUUGGACGAUAAAAGGAACAAACACAAAAAAAAAGGAAAUCUAUCAUUGCCAAUGGCGAAUUAACGAAUCCCAAACACAAAAAAAACUUAUAUUUUUCUAAUGCAAACACGAUUUACCUUACACAUAAUGGAAUAUUUAACAUUAACCAACAAGUGAGAAACGACAAAAAUACGAUUUACACCAUUGGACAUUGGACAUUAGGCGUGCAGAAGCGGAUUUUAACAUAGACGGAUUUCGCGCCAACUCGUCUAUGGGAUUGGCAUGACCCCCUCAGAACUUUCUGGGCGUGAGGACCUUACCUAAUAUUAAGCAACUUGGCAUACUUAGUUUUGCGAAAAUUUAUCUAGACUAACAUAUGGAAAGGGCUAAAUAUUGAUCAUUUUUUUAUAUUUUUUUUUUACUCGAAAAUAGUAAGUCCUACAAAAAAGUGAUCUAUGGUUACAGGAAAAUAAUUGAAUUUUCAGAAAAAAAUACUGAAAAUAUAUAAUAGUUUUUGAAAUCCUACACUGAAAAAAAUCGAUUUCAAAAAUUAAACGACGAUUUUGCAACUUGUGCGUAUUUAAUGCAAAAGAGUUUUACUAACAAAAACUUUUUCAAGAUUUUUUCUCGAAAAUUUUCUAUUUUUUUUUUUGGGUGUACAGUUAUAGAAAAAAUCAAUAACAGGUACAAAAUAGUUUUAUGGUGACCCUUAGAUGCUAAAGUUGUUGAUGUUGUGCUCCCGUGGCCGAGUGGUUAGCGUCAUAACUAACAUGCCGGGUGUUCGGGUUCGAUUCCCGUUCUGGUUGGGGGAAUUUUUCGUCAAAGAAAUUUCCUCCGACUUGCACUGUGAUCACGCGUAUUCUAGAGCUUGCCACUCAGAAUGCAUUGCAAGGCGUGUCAUUUGGCAUAGAAAUCUCAACUAAGUACUAAUAAAAAUGACGCAAGUAAUACUACGUUGAGACGGCGAAGUUCCUCUAGGAACGUUAGUGCCAUUAAAGAAGAAAGAAGAUGCUAAAGUUUUCAGUUUUGAACUUUUGUUUUUGUUUUGUUUUUGCAGUCAAAUACAAUAUAUUUCAUUUCAGAGAGCAACGACAGCUCUCAAACAAUAGCCAUCUGCCAAAAAUCUCUUGAUCGGUAUCGGUAUAUUGUAGAUUUAGGUAUCUGUUAAGAGUCACUGUAGGUAUGAUACUAAUAAAUGGAUUGUAUAGAUGCCUAAAGGAUGAAUAAAAUGGUUCUGCGGUUUGAAAAUUUCCAGUCGUGACCAGCAGCAAAUGUAAAGUGGCGGAAAAAAUAGCAUUUUUUUGUUCUUGUGUAAUCAUCAGAAUUCAACAAAGAAAAGUGUGACAUUACUUAGCAACAUGAGUCGUGAUCUCCAGGAUUUGCAAGGAUUACAAAUGGAGUGCUGGUAUUAACAACUUCUAGUGUAACCGCAAUAAACUACGUCGGUUAACAUCAACAGAAAUAUAAAAAAAUACUGAACUGCAUCGAAGAAGCUGAGUUUUUACCUGUUAUUGUUUUUUUCUAUAACUGUAAACCAAAAAAAAAAUUUUUGAGAAAAAAUAAUGAAAAAGUUUUUGUUAGAAAAACUCUUUUGCCUUAAAUAUGCACAAGUUGCGAUGUAUGUGAGAGUUGUAGGGCACAUAUUUAUCUAUCAUUUCAUCAAAUUCUGAGAUGACCAUUUUGAAAUCGACUUUAAGUUUUUGAAAUGGUUUUUUUCAGUGUAGGAUUUCAAAAAAUGUUUUUUUUCUGAAAAUUCAAUUAUUUUUCUAUAAAUCUUCCGUAGAUCACUUUUUUGUAGGACCUACUAUUUUCGACUUAAAUCGUUUUAUGAAAAAAUGAUCAAAAAUAUUCAGCCCUUUCCAUAUGUUAGUCUAGAUAAAUUUUCGGAAAACUAAGUAUACCAAGUUGCUUAAUUAGGUAAGGUCUUCACGGCCAGAAAGUUUCAUUAAGUUCUGAGAGGGUCAUGCCAACAUCUGGUCGAGUUGGCGCGAAAUUCGUCCAUAGCUUUCGCAUUCCAAUGGAGAACGCUUCAAUCGAACCUUACUUCAUCUGUUUUCGCUCGUUCCAAUUAACAUCACAUUACAUUCCAGCAACUGUGUGAGCGUAAGUUUUCCAAAGACGAAUUAAACAUUCGGUUCGGUUUGGAGCAGAGAAACGGGAAAAAAUAAAACAAAUCAAAUGUGUGCUAGGAUUAUAAGCAAGAAUUACGGUUUAUUCGAGGCGUAUUCGAGGGCAAAUAAAGGCCAUUUGAAACGAAUGUGUGUGCUUCCGA